UUUGUGAAGAAAGUGCCAAAAGGGGCAGAUGCUUGCAUUGUCCAGGUGGCUACGGUGCCGUUUGUUACGAAAAUCAUCAGCUUCUUCGCCCGAGUCGGAGACCCUAUUAUCUUGGAUGACUUUUGCGAGAUCUCAUGUCCCGUGAAGUUCAUGGGAAUCAUUAUUGGCCCUCCAGGAUCCGAUCCUGCCAUUGCAGAAAUGGGAAAAGCGUUGGGGACUCUCAUGUCGGAUCAGAUUUUUCCCACUGUCUGUUACCAAGCAAGAAUCCUGGAGAAAUCAUCAAUGCGAUCAACACCUACACACAGCAGGUCACAAUUUUGGCCCCAUCAGCUUGGGACUCAAAAAUUCGAUUGGAUCCCCCCAAAAAUCUGCCAUCCUUGGAAGACCGACUCAAGCAGCAACAACUUGUGGUGGAAAAGUCAAUCACAAUUCCAUCCCAUACGUCAGUCAAUAUUACUCACAAUCUUGGUCCCAAUCAAGGUGUUAUUAGUACCGAAAAUGGAACAGUUGGUAGCGAAGGGGAUGCAGGUGGAAGCGGGAAUAGAGAGGAUGAUCAUGACCACAAUUUGAGAACUCGCGAUACUCGCAACCGGAAAACCUCGGAAUUUGAGGAUGUUCAGAGCUUAAAUGGUGCCUCCAUGGAUGAGAAUCCGGAGCUGCUGCGCACGGGUCGCCUUUUUGGAGGCUUGAUACUGGACGUUAAACGAAAAAUCCCGUGGCUCAAAUCAGACUUUACUGAUGCCCUCCAUAUGCAGACUGUGGCAUCGGUGAUCUACAUUUAUUUGGCUACCAUCACCAAGGCCAUCACUUUCGGAGGUUUCUUGGGCGACAUCACGGAUGGGCAACAGGGUGUUCUCGAAUCAUUCCUUGGUCAUGCAUUAGCCGGGGGCAUGUUCUGCCUUUUGGGAGGACAGCCUUUGACUGUCUUGGGAUGCACCGGACCGGUUUUGAUCUUUGAAAAAAUUCUGGUGGGCUUUUGCAGCGGCCAAGGUGUUGAUUAUUUGACAUUUCGAUUGUGGGUUGGUUUGUGGACGUCGUUGCUCUGCACAGUAAUUGUGGCCUUGGACCUCUCGUUCAUCAUCCAAUAUUUCACACGCUUCUCCGAGGAGAGCUUUGCUGCUCUCAUUGGAAUAAUUUUCAUUGUGGAAUCACUCAAAAAGCUUUUCGCCAUGUCUGAAGAUUUCAAGGUCAAUGUUGGAUUUGAUCUGGCUAUGAUCACUGUUCGUGACGAGUCUUGCCGCUGCGAGCCCACUUUCCAAGGCAUUCUUUCGUCUGAGUUUCUUCAAAACGCCACAGACACGGAUCAAUUGGCCAUGACAUCUCUCAGUGAGCUAUUGAACAAAACUCUAAAUGAAGCCACGACCCUCGACUCUAAUUACAUUCCUUGGGAACAACUCACCGUGCCCCAAUGCCAUGCUCUCAAGGGAACUCUUGUGGGCCAUGGAUGUCCGUAUGUGGCUGAUGUGUUUUUCUUUUCCGUCAUUCUCUUCUUUGGCACAUUUACUGUCGCCAUGUUCCUAAAGAAAUUCAAAAUUACUCCCUAUUUCCCCAACAUGGUGCGAACUCUCUUGAGCGACUAUGCCGUCAUCAUUGCUAUUCUAGUGUUUGUGGGGUUAGAUGUGGCUGUUGACUUGGAUACGCCCAAAUUGAUUGUUCCAACUGUAUUUAUGCCCACGCGAUCCGAUACCAGAGGCUGGAUAAUACCUUUUACCCGUGAAGAUGAUCCAUGGUACCUCUAUUUAGGGGCAUUUAUUCCUGCACUUCUACUCACAAUUCUAAUCUUCAUGGAUCAGCAAAUUACAUCCGUUAUUGUUAAUCGAUCCGAGCAUAAACUGAAGAAAGGGGCUGGAUAUCACCUGGACAUGCUUGUGGUUGGUAUCAUGAUGGGGGUGUGCUCAGUUUUUGGUCUUCCGUGGUGUGCAGCUGCCACUGUUCUUUGCUUGGGACACGUGGAUUCCCUUAAAAUGGAAACGAAAACGAGUGCCCCCGGCGAGAUGCCUCAAUUCUUGGGAGUCCGAGAACAAAGGGUGACAGGUGUAUUGGUGUUCAUUCUAACUGGGCUCUCCGUGAAACUAGCUCCAAUUCUAAAGUUCAUUCCAAUGCCCGUGUUGUAUGGUAUCCUUAUGUACAUGGGCAUAGCUUCUCUGCGUGGAAUGCAAUUCAUCGAUCGUCUUGGAUUGUUAUUGAUGCCUCCAAAAUAUCAGCCGGACCAUAACUACUUGCGGCAUGUGCCACUCAAUCGAGUGCAUUUGUUCACUAUUAUCCAGGUUGUUGGAUUAGUCCUUCUUUGGGUGAUUAAAUCGACUCCAGCUUCUCUCAUCUUCCCUUUAAUGGUGCUAGCCCUAGUAGGUCUGCGUAAGCUUAUGGACUACUUUCCAAGGGUGUUUUCGCAAAACGAUUUGAAAUGGUUGGACAAUCUGAUGCCAGACAGUGGAAAGAAAAAGAAGAACAUGGACUCGGAAUCAGAAAUUGGACAAAAAGCUAUGGAUGAUCGAGCCAUUGGCUUUGAGGAGGGAAGGAAUGGCAAUGCGGUGGUUGUCGAUGUCAAACGAGCUUACAAUGGCGAAGUCAAGAGCGUAUCUAUUGAUCUGGAUGCGGCCAAAGAACAUCUACUGAAUGGCAAAGACAGUCAAAUGUGAGAUUUGUGUCAUCCAUUUUCAUUUUACUACACCUCUCAAGCCUUUUCCUCAUCCAUUCUAAAUCUUCUGCUUCUUUACUCGCGUUAGAACUAAAGCCAUACCACCCUAAAAUGUAAGAUCAACUAUCGAUUAAUUCUUUGUACAUAUUUCAAAAUAUCUAUCAAUUGCACUCUAAAGGAAACUUAUAUUACAAUCUUUCACCACAAAGGUUUGCGACUUCUUUGGGAGCAAGGCCAUUUAAGCAAGAGUUAGAUCCUCAAAAAUAGUCACCCUGGAUUGUAAAACCGCGGGAAACUUGGAAGUUUACUCAUUCAAUGCACAUUUUUCUAAUGGCUCCAAGGCCUCUCAACAGCCAACUCGAACACCAGCCCAAAGUUAGGGGGUUUCAUUUUUCUAAUCAAGUGGAAAUAUGUAUUUUAAGGAGUACGAGUAGAUUUUGAGAAGUCUUCAAAUAUUUUCCUCUAAACAGUUAUCUAAAUCUAUGAGCAACAACGGAAGCCAUUUUAAUAAAGAAGACACAAUCUCGUCAUCUCUGUAUAGGUUACGCCUUUCUUUUCCUCCAUCCUCACCCUUAUCCCGUUCAUCCUUCGAUUAAAGUUGCAU